AUGGCUUCCGAACCAGGUCCUGUCAUUCAGUUCAUGGGCAAAGUGGCCUAUCACUUCGAAAUGAUGCAACCGCUCUUGCCCACAUACCUCCAUCUUCUUGUGUCGGCAAUCUUCCCGAUCUACACUGCCGCUCAUGCAUCUUUGACGAGACCACCGUCCGCCGCACCACGAAAACCGAAGAAGAACGGAGAUGACGCUGAAGACGACCGCGACGACACGUCAUCAACGCAAGUCGAGAGCUUGACUCCCUCGGACGCCAUAAUGUUCCCUGUCCUCGCUGGCGGGACACUAGCAUCGCUCUACUUCAUCCUGAAAUGGCUCCAGGAUCCCGCCUGGUUGAACUGGGCUCUCGGGCUCUACUUCUCCCAAGUUGGUCUCUUCUUCGCCACAAAGUUUCUCAAGGACGCAUUUUCUCUCAUGAGAUCCUUUAUGCUCCCCAGUCAGUUCUCCAGGCGCCGUUUAUUGUGGAAAGCCGACCAGCAGGCGAAAUGCUUCAAGACUGAGACUGGAGAAAGCACUGGCUCCCCAUUAGCCGGACCGCUGGGACAGAUACCGCUUCCCAGUGCCGUUUCACUACGGAUAUGGGAGAUUCGGCGGCUACUUUACACGAAAGCACGAUUCGAGCUCCACGUUCACAAACUCAUCACCCUGAAGGCGCCAGUCGAAUUCCUUGAUGUGCUUAGCCUGACGCUCUCCUGCAGCAUCGUGUACUACCACACCUUCGUUGGCAAACCUUGGUUUCUCACCAACUUCCUGGGCUUCUCCUUCUGCUACGGCUCCUUGCAGUAUGUGACUCCAACAACAGCAUGGACCGGGACACUCAUCCUCAGCGCUUUGUUCUUCUACGACAUCUACUUUGUCUUCUUCACACCAAUGAUGGUCACAGUGGCCACGAAGCUGGAUGUGCCGAUCAAAUUGCUGUUCCCUCGUCCUGAUGGCUGCGUGAUGCCGGUCGGCGCGCCUGAAGGAUCGCCAGAAAUGGAAGAAUAUCUCAAAUGUCUGGCUAAGAAGCGAACAAUGGCCAUGCUUGGACUGGGAGACAUUGUCGUUCCGGGGAUGGUGUUGGCUUUUGCGCUGCGAUUCGACCUGUACUUGCACUACCUCCAACAGAACAACACGACUAAGCAGGGAGAAAUAACAAAGACCACUCGACCAACCUAUACCAGCGCCAGGGGGGGCUGGGGCGAACGAUUCUGGACCAGUUCGCGGCUGUGGGCCAAGGAGAUGCGAGCGAAGCAAUUCCCUAAACCAUAUCUGUACGCUACCAUCACCGGCUAUGUCGUCGGCAUGGUUGUUACUGUGGUUGUGAUGCAGGUGGCUCAACACGCUCAGCCGGCAUUGCUGUAUCUCGUCCCAGGUGUCCUGGGGUCUCUCUGGGGCACUGCGUUGGUGAAAGGCGAUCUGAAAACACUGUGGAACUACAGUGAGAUGCCGGAAAUUGGGAAAGACAAGAAGGAGGAUGCUACUCAGGACGAGAAGAAGUCACUACAGUCUGCUGGGGAUGCUGUUGAAGACGAAAGCCCACUUGCGAACGGUCAGGUCAGUGAAGAAGAUAAAGACACCAAGCUGCAGAAAUCCCAAGCUGGCAAUAAGGGGACUGAGGAGGCCCGUCGUCAUCUGGUCUAUCUUUCAAUCACCAUGCCCGAUGUAUCGCAUGACAGUGACUCCACAAUAUCAACCGAGUCGACAGCCGCGCUUGAAGGGCCGAAUCAAGCUUUUGCCGAUGAUAAGCGAGUGGCAGAGAACCGAAGCACAGAGCGAGCCAAGGACGGCGAACCGCCAGGGAAGCGAGCCAGGAGAUCAUGA